AUGGAGGGAGUUCAGACUGUGGACGUGAGCUGGCUUCAUCACUCACAAAAAGGCAAGUCCCACUUUUUAUGCUCGCACUUCUUCAGCCUCAAGUCAUGGGUAGUUGGAGAUGAACCGGGACAGCUUCUGACACUCUCUUCAGAUCAUUUGUCUCGCACAAAGUCAGUAUCAGCAAACGAUAGGCCUGGCACAGAGGCAGAGCCAGCGACCUCUCAACCUAAGCCACAUCGGAGAUCUCGUUCCAACAGCAACCCGGCACGCCCGACACCGGCCCCCUCCGCCUCAGAACCGAAGCCAGCUCCCCAGAAUGAUGCCGCACAAGCGCAGGCGAAACUAUCACCAUUUGAGAGGAACGAGGAGCAUAAGCCAUCUACGCCCUCGCCAGCGUCGCGAAAGACAGAUCCCAAACCUAUCGGACGACGAAAUUCGUGGAUCUCCAGUCUAAGCUCGAAGUUUUCGUCUGGAUCUACCCCGCCAUCGCAACCUAGUCUCAAGGCCAGCCCCGCGAGUCCGAAAACAACAUCACCCCUCGACACCCAUAACCCAUUCGGCGCCGCCUACUUCCCGAGGGAUAAGGACGAAGAGAAGAAAGACGACCCCAGUUCCUUUACUUCAUCAUCACCUAAGGGGCCCUCGUUUAUUCACAAUGCACUACGCAAGUUCUCGCACAAUUCGGGUGGGUUGCCCAAGUUGAAUCCCAAUGGCUUGGUCUGUCCACGUCGCGUGAUGAACAUCGAUCGAAACCGGCAUCGAUGCAAGAUUGCGGACUUGAAUCAGGCCAAGCUCAACCGAGUCGCAUUCUGUGUGGAUGUUGAAAUAGCGGGCAUUUCCCAUCGAGACGAUGACGAGGAAGCUCCUCCAACCAAUCAAUUACGGCAGCCUCUACCUGGGUCUAAUAGCUACAAGCUCAAGAAGGCUGAUCUCAUAUCGAAGGGACAAGACGAAGUUGGGUCUCUGAAGCAACCUCAGGCUACCGUCUUUGAAAAGGAUAGUGCAGCUCCCGCUCCAGCCCCUGCUCCAGUUCCGAUGCCUGUUCAGACCACCGGUGAUGCGAAAGCCCAGUCUAGCUCUCCUCCGACAAAUACCACCAGCAAGCCGUCUACUGACCCCAGUCCCAGUGGGGAAGGGACUGAUCCAACAAGAAAGCAAGAGAAGAAGAAGCGUUCUGAGGCAGAGCGGAAAGAACGGAAGGAGAGAAAACGAAGACAAGCAGUCGCGAAUGGCUCGGUCCCAUUGCAACUCGAUGCAGAGAAUGACGAAGAGGAUUUCCAAGGUCCAACACCAGGGCCAGGUCUCCCAUGGUCCAAAACGCAAGGCCACCCGACAACCGACCCAGUGCGUAUCUAUCGCCGUUGUUGCCAGCUACGUGAGACGCCUGUUCUCAAAAGAGUGGUUGAUGAGAUCUCCAAGCCUUCAUCAACACUAGCCGAAUCACCCGGCACAGUAGCAGUUUUGGAUCUAAGCAAUUUCCCCAUGACCUCACAGGAUUUGACAACGUUCAGCGAUUGGCUCGCAGUCGUUCCAGUCCGUAAGCUCAUUCUUGAAAACUGUGCCUUGACAGAUACUUCCGUGCGAGCCAUCCUAUCAGCCUUACUUUCUACCAAGACGGUGGAGCAGAUGCGCUAUCGACGAAGACGAUCACGAAGACCAGAGUCUCCAGACUCCAAUGAUCAUGAACGAUACGGCGUUGUGGAAAAGCUUUCUCUGAAGGACAACACGAAGAUCGGACGGGAAGGAUGGCGCCACAUCAGCCUUUUUCUUCAUCUGUCGAAAUCCUUGAAAGCUAUCGAUUUGUCGGGUAUCCCAUUUCCUCAAGGCCAGAUUGUGAUUGAUGGUCCUGGGACAACGGGCCAACCCCAAUCACACAUGGCCGAUGUGAGCAUUAUAUUCGCGAGUGCCUUGGCAGAGCGCUUUGCUGGGGACUAUCUUGAAGAACUGCUCAUGAGCGAGUGUUAUCCUUCGGUCAACGCUGUAAAGCAAAUCUGCCAGGCGACCACCCAAAUGGGUCUGCGAAGACUUGGCUUUGCGAACAAUGGUCUGACGAGAGAGGGCCUGGAGCAUGUGGCCGAGUACCUCAAAGCCGGGCAGUGCGAGGGACUGGACUUAGGUGGCAACGCUAUAAAGAAUGAUCUCGAUCUUGUCACGGGAGCGAUUGAACCUGAAACACCGCUUUAUGCGCUGAGUCUUGCCGAUUGCUCCCUCAAUCCGUCGGUAAUUUGCCCGUUGCUCCAAUCGCUUGCACAGAUUCAUAACCUCCGGUUCAUUGACUUCUCUCACAAUCGCGAGUUAUUCUCAUCACAGCCUAAUGCGCUGGGGGCAUUCCGUCGCUUCCUGCCGAAAAUGCCGUCUUUAAAACGCUUUCAUCUCGCUGAUGUCGACUUGUCGCCAGAUCACGUCAUUGGUCUUGCUGAGGUAUUGCCGGAGUGCCCCAGUUUGUGCCAUCUGAAUAUUCUGGAGAAUGAACAGAUUGUAGCUCUAGCCUCUACCACAGACCCCGUUGCUCAGGAAGAAGCAUGUGCUGUUUAUGCGUCUAUGAUGGCAGCUGUCCGUGUUUCGCGGACGAUCAUUGCCGUCGAUAUCGAUGUGCCCGUUGCAGAAAACAACGAAGUUGUCAAAGCGCUAGGAUCGCAGAUUGUGGCUUACUCGCUGCGGAAUCUUGAAGGCGGCGCCAUUGCAGAAGAGCUUUCUGACUCUACUUCUCCACUUGAGGAUGUCCCUAUACCAGAAAUUUUGCAACAUAUUGUCGGACACGCUGGUAUUUCCGAAGAGCCCUAUGAUGAUGACGAUGAGGCCGCUCCCGACGAGGAUUAUGUUAUUGGUGGCACAGGUGUUGUUAAAGCAUUGGGUGUUUGUCUCGGGAACCUGGACCAGCAAGGUCUCGAUAUUCUCGGCGAGCAAUCUUUACCUGCCAGCGGUACCACAACACCCCGACGCCGCAAGUCUCGAAGUGUUCCCACCAAGCGGCCUCGCGACAUGUCGAAGAAUUUGCUGGAAUCUGCACGCAAUAUCAGAGUCCGGAUCCAGUCGGCCCUUAUUCGCGAAGACCAUGCAGGUAAUGACGCGAAUUAUCGCCGCCUGCAAUUUUUAGACAUGACGUUGCAUAAGAUGAUCCAACGCUUUGAGGAUGAAUACCCAGAAACUCGUGUCCUUCCCCCACCCCCGCCCGCUACUCUAGUCCCUGACAACAAUUCCCAACACUCUGGUGAUGACGAUGGAACCGGCUCUAUCGGUGCUAGUGGCAAUCUGAACAGCAGCCAGCUUGACGAGACUGGCGGCGACGAGGAAGACGCCGACCAAUAUGCCGUUCGCCAUUCUCGCACAAGUUCUAUGACUUCCCUCCACUCUCGGGCCAUGACUUCCCAAGAAGGACACAUCCACCGCAUCGGCCAGAACCUCCGCCGCGACUUCCUUAAACCGUCUCUAGUUCCUGGCGGCAGCGACGACGAUUUUGAGUACGAAGGGGAUGAUUCGCACAUUGCCGCUCUUCGGCAAAAGCUCGAUCUUUUGCACGAGCAGCAGUCUUUGUCUCAAUUCGAUGACUUUGACGCCGACAUGGCCUACAACCAUCUCGGGACUACCGUCGAUGAACUCUAUGCUUCUCAGCAACAAGACGCCGAAGGAUUCGAGCGCUUCAAGCAGUCCCAGAUUGCCGCCCAGAUCAAUAGUGGUUUACGUCCAAGGGAUAAUGUAAACCCUAGGACAGGCUGCGAUGAACCAGAGAGCAAGUCCUCUCCUUAG